UUUUGAUAUUUGCAUACUAUUCUCUAUACACAUAACCAACUUUAUUUUUUAAAUCAUUUGGCCAUAAACACACACACUGCAUACCAGCAUGUCGCACCUAAUUACACGAUCUUUCAGCACCGAGUCAUGGCAGCCCAAGCGCACUGGGUCAUCAGUUGGAGCGUAUCUCAAUAUAAUCUGCCAGUCGGGAUGGAUUGGCCUGCUCCUAAUAGGCAUUGGAAGCUUUGUUGGAACAUUGUCCAGCGUGCUGCUGCGCAACUUCAAUCAGAUCGGGUACGCUGCAUUCGGCACGCCCGGGCGCACAGUCAUCUACAUAUUUCUCCUCAUAUACGUUGUCGGGGUGGUCGGCGACUACAUUAUAUUGUCCGGGCAAAACUUCCACCAGCUGACGCGCGACAGCGGCCACGACAUCGGCGAGGCUGCGUGGAAGGUAAUUUGCGCCACAAUCAUCCUCAAGCAGAUGUCUGAGGCCUUUUUGCUGUCCAUCAUCACGAUCCUCAUAGCGGUGACCCUGUCGUUUAUAUCCAAUGGCGCUGUGCCAGUGGAGCACCGCCCGGCAGUGCACCGGGUGGCCGAUGGCCCUGGUGUUGCAAUUGCAAUGGCAACAAUAACAUUUGCAUUCUGCGGCGUAUCAGUGAUGCCCUCGAUUGAGUCGAGCAUGCGGCGGCCAAAGCAGUGGAAUGCUGUUCUGGUCACCGGCACAUAUCUGCUUGUCGGCAUAGUUGGGUACUGGGCCUUUGGCGACCAGAACGCUGCAACAAAGGCCGCCAAGGUGUUGAUCUCGCUGCACGUAAUUCUCGCAGCGCCGAUCAUCGCCGCAUCAUUCGCCUUUGAAUUGGAAAACGCGCUGGGAAUCACGUGUGAGCAGCUGGGCCGCGUCAAGGAGCUCGUUUAUCGCGUGCUCUUCCGCACCAUGUUCUUUGCAGCGAUGACUGGCGUUGCGCUAGGAAUUCCCGUAAUGGCACUUGUUGGCGCGUUCAGCACGUCGCUGAUGGUGUGCGUGAUCCCUAUCCUGAAAGGCUGGGAUAUCGCCGCUGUCAUCGCGUUGGGCGUAUACACCUGCGUGUUCGGAGCCAAGGGUGCCAUUGAGGAUCUGCGCGCGGAUAUUGGGCAUGGCAAGUAAUCCUUUUUGGGAAUCAGGCCACGAGAGUUUGGUAGGCAGAUCAUGUUCCAAUAAAUAAGGAAUAGGGUAAAUGACGGAGCAAACAAAAAAAACUCGUGUCUGUAAAUAAUAUUUGUUAUUGAAAUCUGAACAUUGGCGCCCUGCUGCCAUUAUUCGCAUGCAAAAUAGUGUUGGGCCGUGGGAAUUGGUCCUCAAAGGCUCCCAAAUGGGCAAAACGAAUUUGCCAUCAAUGUUUGCCCGCAAAGCGGGCGGUAUAGUACGCUUUUUAAAGUUGCAAAUUGGUCUCAAAAAUGGAGAUAGCUCGAACACACGACAAUAUGAUCUGAAAGUGUAUGUAAAAAA